AAAUAGUGGGACAUGCCUCGUUUACCUAAUACAACAUUUUUUUUUACUUUUACAAGAAUCUUUUUUUAUACAAAAGGGUGCGUACGAGCUGACGGCUCACAUGAGAGUAAGUGAUCACCGUCGCCCAUUAACACCAGCAACACCAGGAGUACCAUAAAUGAGAUGCCAUCCCUUGAAGAAGGAGUACGCCCUUUUUUGAAGGUUUUCAGGUCGUAUUAAUCCGGAGACACUGCUGGAUGAAUGUAUUCCACAGUUUUGUCGUACGUGGUAAAAAAUUUCCACAAAAUCGCAAGGUUGUGGUUGGCCACAUAUCAAGAUAGUGUGGAUGAAAAUUUUGUCGCGAUGUUACUAUAGCGAAAAGCAGCUAUUAAUCUGAACAAUUCUUCUGAACACUCCUCGUGAUAAAUGUGAUAGAAGAUGCAGAGCGAAGCUACAUCUCUACGCAAAGCCAAAGUAUCAAGCAUAGCGGAAAAGUUCUUGUUAUCGACAAUUCGAGCUGCCCGGCGCUGGAAGCGAUCCAGAAAGAGAAGCUGGUACUUAAUAGCCCAAAAUCUCUUAUAUUUACACUAAAAAAACUACAGCUCAAUAUCCAGAUAAUGUUUCCUUAAAAUUGAUGUGUCGUGAACUUCGACAUGUUGUAUCCUACUCUACGACAUUAGUAACAAUAAAAGUUAGAGUAGGGCGGACCAUGACGACAAUCACGAAAUAUCUAAUAUGAUUUAGUAUAAUACACAGGCACAGUAUAGUCGCCGUUACGAGAAAUCGUAAAUUUUGAAAAUAAACAUUUAUACGUGUUCGAUAAAUAAAUUAAUAAAAAAGGUAAAAAGAACCUAAGGUUCGCGCGCAUCAUGCUGGGCCGCAGCGCAGCUUAAAAUGCUUUGUUAGCACAUAAAGGUACAAUUCCGCAAUGGGCUGCAGGCAGGCGACACUGCGGCUAGCGCCUGCAGCUGACCGAGCAGUCUAUGCAUUGUGCAGCCGCGGCGUGUCGCCGCGCUCGGAAUCAAUUUCAUAGAGAUUCAUAGAAAGUAGUAGUGUCGCCUGUAGUCUGCAGCUGCGGCCUGUGGUCUGCGGUUCAGUUCGGAUUUAUAACUUUAGUGAUGAGCCGGGCAAGCAUUGACAGAUUUCGGGUACAGUGUACUACAAGACGUCCUUGUAAUUUUAUUCACUCCAAUCCGCUUACUAUAAGUAAGUAAUAGCAGAAGAUCCGAACCUACAUCGACCUUUAUCGAUCUGAUAUUAGAAUGAAACAUAUCAUGAAUUUAGUAUAUCAAAAAAUAUAAAAAAUGGGUGGUUUAAAAAUCCUGGACAGACUAUUUUUAAUUAUUUUUUAAAUUAAUAUUUUUAAUCAAAUGUUGAAACAUCAAGACAAUAAGAAAAUUUUGUCCAAUAACAACAUCGACAUACCUAUUUAUAGUAACCCAGUAGUUCGCCCAGGUAAAUAAAAGACAACCCAACGGCUGCAUAUUUUAUACGUUUUAUACUGUAAGUCAGGACAAAAUUUCUUUGUUAUCUUAAUUCUAAGUAGCGCUGCUCGUUGGUACCUAGUACCCCGAUUUUACUUUAACUUUAUACCAUUAAAAAUCUUUGCUGUUGUACCAAAAUUUGUCAAAUAUGUUAUUUUUGAUUUAAUGAUUCUUGUUACCGCGACUAUAAAGCUCAUCAAUACAAAAUUUUAUGUUGUCUAAUGUUAAAAAAUAUAACUAUCCUAUAAAUAGAAAGUGGAAAAGAUUUAAUCGAACGAAAAAUAUUUUGUUUAUAUGCUGUUCUGCUAUUGAUACAUUAUAUUCAGGAUGUUAAAUAUCGUUAUAGCUAAAUUGAAGCUCUACGAAUAACAGAUAUUGUUUGUCGCUUUUUAUAUGAUAAGGAAAGAAAUAUUCUUUUAAAAUAGCCCAAUAUCCAUCAAUUCCAUUUUAUAUACAAUGUUCUUAAUUUUAGUUAGUUAUUGCUUUUUUCAUAACGAAACUGCGCUGUAAAUAUUUUCAUAAUUUAAUCUGAUUUUCUAACAAUUUUAUCACAAUGUUCUAAACUCCAUUUUAACCCAUACUUUAACCCAAAUCAGCGUGCGUGAUAUGUGGAGAAAUAUUAAGUAGUUUUUUUAAUCAAAAUAAUCAUAUUAUAUUGGUAUUUAAUUAUAAAAUAAAUAAAACCAUUUAAAUAAUUAACUAAUUUAGGAAUAUUUCCACCUUAAUAGCUUUCAGUUUCAAGGUAGGAUUAAUUAUUUUUCUUACUUCUAUGUGCUUCUAUUACAGUUACAUUAGAGUUUAUGUAGAAAAUAAUUAAUAUCCGAAUAAUAGGCAUACAUCAACGCGCAUGAUCACUUAAUUUCAUUUUUUUAUAUCUAUGUUAAGAAAUAAGAAUAUCAAGUUUAUACAAAUAACGAAGUCAGAACAUAAUCACGGUCAAUAACCAAUUUACAGAGUGUGAACUUGGCCGCUCGAUUACGUAUCCAUGAAUGUACGAGUAUAUUUUUAAUUGGAAUCACGAUACACAAACGCUAAAUAUUGUGUAGGAAAGUAAAAUCUACGUACUAAAAGAGAGGCAUAAUACAAGGACAACCCGUCAAGGGCAUUCACACUAAUUGCUAAAUUGUCAAUCAUGAUUUUUAAAACGGUGUACAAUUUUUUUCACUGUGUUCUAAAAAUCUUGAUUGACAAUCCAGCAAUUUAUAUGGUUGUCUUUACACUGUAUUGUACACAAAUUGUACGUCAAGUUUUUAGAACAGUGUAGGUGACCCAUUUUAUACACUGUACUAAAAAUAUAAAUGUCUGCAGAUUUUUAUUCAACAUAAAAGCUUGGAAGAGCUUUUUGUAGGUAGCCGGCGUUAGUAAUAGCUGAAGUACGAGUAUGCAAACACUUGGCCAGCUUUUAAAUGUACCAUCUGUUGGUUAACUGUUAUUUCAUGACUACUUACUAAGGGACUUACUUGUUAAGGGACUAUAAUAAUAUUAGAAAUCAUGAUUUUCAACUGGGCGGACAUAAUUUCCUUACUUUAAUACAAUAUAAAUAGAACUUAACCGAUAUUUGUGCACAACUCUUUGAAUUAAUUUUAGAUUACAAUAUUUUUUAUUGAUAACAUUGUACAGUAUAUAUUACACAUUUUAAUGUAAAUAAAAUUAUUAUUUUUUCGGGGGCAUUAUUAGUCCUGUAUUAAAAAAUAAAUAAUAUAUUGUUGAGUUUGCUGAAAAGUAUAAUAUAAUAUUUGUUUCUUAGAUUUUCACGUACGCUACUCAUGAAAUAAAACAAGUUUCAACGGUAUAGAUGCACUGAUUUAUUUCUUUAUUGACGUUUCGCAUCAUUUUUAGUAUUCGUCGUCUGAAUUAUGAUUUUAUUUACUUGUCGAGCUACCUUCGAAAGUCUUUCAACAGUGCAUCUAUACCGUUGAGCAUAAAAAAAUGUUAGUAUUUUAAUUAGUAAAGCUACAAAAAUUAUUACCCGUUUGAUUUUUGAAAAACUUAUGAAAUUUUAAGACAAAUGAGAGGUGUCUACUAUCAUGUUCAUGUACAGACGUAUAUUAUCAAGUGGAAUUAUCAAGUCAAACGUUCCAAAUUAGAGUAUUGAAUUUAUUCGAUAAGGUAAGGUAUUUAUGUGAUUUACUUUUGUCAAAUGCGUUUGUAACAAUAAUACCAAUUUGUUAUAAAACUUCAUUAAUUUUUAGUGGUGAUUAGGUCUCGUGUCCACGUGACCUAAUCAGACCUAAUACGACUGCAACACGGAUCUGACUUAAUUGCUGACAAGAUAUAUUUGUUACUUCCAUAGUAAACUUACGAAUUUAAAUUUUAUAAAACCUACUACGCCAAAAUAUCGUAUAUUAAUUUGGUAAGUUUACUUUGGGUGCAUAAACAUAAAAUGCAGAUUCAAACAAUCCGACUUUUGGAACCGUCAUUGAUAAAAUUGUGUGACUUUUCCCUAGUGUUAAGUACCCCAUUAUGUGCAGUUUUUUAAUUAUAGAUUUUUACUAAAAAAGCAGAUUCGUAAAUUUUGCCGUAGAUGUGACGUGAGUUAUUUAGCUGGAAUGCAAACGAAAAAGACAAAUGGCUGACGAGCCACUUUUUGGCAAAAAGAAGUUUUAUAAUUGCAAUAGCAUACAAAAACAAAGUACAGUGCAUAGAUAUCCCAUGCUGGAAUUUUUGAAGCGGGAGUGGAACCAAAAUAUAAAUUGCGCCUUCUGGUUGUUUUCCAGUCUAGGAUAGUAAAAUGUGGACAAGGCAUAUUGGAACUUUUUUAGUAUAGCAGCCGGUCACUUAAAAUUUCCACAGAAAACUUUAGACCUAACCAAACUGAGACUGAGUAAAAUAAUAAUCUAAAGCUAUAAAAUCUACAAUCUACUAUACAAUAAAGUAUGCUCCAAUCAUAGCAUAUUUUUAAGUUUCUUAUAAACAGUUUUUGUUUUCAUUAUAAAUGUCUCUUUUUGUUUUACAUUAUUUUCGAUGCACUCUUUAGCAGCUGGCAAAUAUUAUGGUUUUCUGUAGUUCAUUGUCUACUAAGAAUGAUUUAAUUGGAGUAACCAUCUUAAAGAAUUAUAAUUAUUUCAUUUAGAUGCUUUUCAAACCAUAAUUAUCACCACAUUUUUACUUAAAACUAGUUACAAUCUGUCACUUCUUUAAGAACUACAACAACGCUUUGAUAUCUGCAAAGCUACAGAAUUCAACCAAAUAAAUUUAUAUAGCAAUAAAUUUCUUUCAGAACAUUUUCAAUUAAUUAACAAACCUUUGUUUCGUUUCAAUUUGUAGGAAAGGUAGAACCUUGUGUAUAAUUGUAUUAUAAAGUUAUUGAUGACAUGACACAGUACAGGUACUUGCAUUUCUUUAAUUACCUAUUGUUAAUACAAAAUUAUGAAAAUUACCUUUUCUUCGUCCAAAGCUAUAUAAAAAAGAAUUUAUAGUAUGUACAUUAUAUUUUAUGGGAUCUUUUUAAAUUUUUAUAAUAUUAAAAAUUACGUCCUUUUUAAUUUUAUUUAUCUUAAAUUUAAUUAAUCAUAAAUAAAAAUACCAUUAUCAUUACUUAAGUUUUCCUUAAACAACUUUUAUUAUAUUACUACUAGUUGUUUUCAACAAUUCAAUUAUAUACAACUUUCGCGAACAUUAAUGUUAGCUAGGUGUCGCGCCGCGGCUAUGUCUGAACUUCGUGCGCACACACCCCUGUUCACCACCGAAAUGUUCGAAGACGAGGAAGUACUUGUGGGAAAUCCAAAUGGUCGCUCGCAGAAUAUCCUACUUGGAUCCAAAUCUGCAGCGGGCGUUGGCAAAUUGCUAAGUUCUGCUAUAGAUUUUUUAUCAUAGUUACACGGUAUUAUGUCGGGAUCUGUCUCUUCUAUAUCUCCGUCCAUUUUAAGCUCAUAUUGGCUACAGUAGUCUACUUUUGGAGAGCUACAGUAUGUGCUCAUGUGGUCUUGUUUCGAAAGCGAGUCUACGCUUUGGUCAAUAUAAAUUGCCGCAGUUGGCGGUUGUUUGUCUCUAUCGAGUCUUCUGGCUGUAUGUCGCCUAUACAGUGCUGUGAUGACCCCACAUACACCGGUACAUAGCAGUGCAACCACUGCCAGCAAAGAUGCCAACAUUGGUGACAGUGGCAACUGAGUACUCAUACCUGUAUAUUUAUCUGGUGACCUUAAUGCGACUGAGUACAAUGAGAUAAUUUCGCUUCUUCCCUUUGCAUUCGCUGCGUAUACGAUGAGUGAAUAACUGCGGCGGGUGUCUAGGCCUGGCACCUCAAAAGUAGGCAUUUCAUUCGAUGAUAAGUUUGCCCGUAUGACCGAAGUAGGCAGCUCGUAGACUUCGAGGAAGAAUUUUUGGGGCAAGCCACCAUCAAAACCGGGUUCGCAUGUGACAUGCAGCCCAGCAGCGCUGUGGUUCAAUACCGUACAAUUCUGUAACGGCAUAGGGUGUCCAGCAGCCACAAGCUUAUAAAGGCAGGGGACCUCUUGUUUUCCCACAAAAUUGCUCGCGAUACAUAGCACUGUCCCAAAGUCCAUAUCAGACGUCGGGGUGAAGCGAAGAGUUGAUGUGAAUCCAGAUGUUGUGAACAAGUUGACCGGUAUUUGAGUCUGCUCCCCGGAACUGUUGAAUAUCCAAUUGAAGCUCGUCGGCGGUGGACUCGAGUCCACGGCGCAGCGCAGUUGCACCGUUUCAUGCUUCAACGCUCCGUAUACCGCGGUGUCGUUCAUGAUGUCACACAUUGGAGCAUAUCUUAUCUGCAAUGAAACAGGAUUGCUGGAGGUACUGCCUUCGCUGUUGAAAGCAUGGCAGCUGUAGUCGCCAGCCUCUAACCUGCUCACGCUCUGGAGCACCAGGCUUUGGUCACUCAAUAUGAUUCCCGCACUAGCGUUGUG